CGGCCGCCUACGAGCUGCUGGUGCUGGGCGGCGGCUCCGGGGGGCUGGCGGGGGCUCGCCGGGCGGCCGAGCUCGGCGCCCGGGUGGCGCUGGUGGAGCCGCAGCGCCUCGGCGGCACCUGCGUCAAUGUUGGAUGUGUGCCAAAGAAGGUGAGGCUGUUCUGCCGCCGGCUCCGGUGGCGUGGGCUGGGUCUGGUGUGGCUGCCUGCCAAAUUUUAGCGAGGUGCUGGCACAGGGUGUGGGGAGGAAGCAGGGCCUCGGAGGGGAUUGAUGCCGUGGGCGCUCUGGGCAAAGGUGAUGUGGAACACGGCGGCCCACGCGGAGUUUGUCCACGAUCACGCUGACUACGGCUUUGAGACUGCGGGGGUCAAGUUCAACUGGAGGACCAUCAAGGAGAAGCGUGACGCGUACGUGCGGCGCCUCAAUGACAUCUACGAGAACAAUGUGAAGAAGGCUCACAUUGACAUCAUCCGGGGCUAUGGCAAGUUCACCUCUGAUCCCGAGCCAACCAUCGAAGUGAAUGGGAAAAAAUACACGGCUCCUCACAUCCUCAUAGCCACGGGAGGGCGCCCGGCCGUCCCUGCUGACAGCGAAAUUCCCGGUGCCAGUCUGGGGAUGACCAGUGACGGCUUCUUUGACCUGGAGGAGCUGCCCAGGCGCAGCGUCGUUGUCGGGGCCGGCUACAUCGCGGUGGAGAUGGUGGGGAUCCUCUCCACGCUGGGCUCCAAGUCCUCCCUGCUCAUCCGCCACGACAAGGUGCUGCGAACCUUUGACUCCCUGAUCAGCUCCAACUGCACCCAGGAGCUGGAGAACAUCGGGGUGGAUGUCUGGAAGCACACACAGGUCAAGAAGGUCACCAAGUCUCCACGUGGGCUGCUGGAUGUGACGGUGGCCUCGGUGGCACCCGGCCACAAGCCGAGGGAGGAGGUGAUCCGGGACGUGGACUGCCUGCUGUGGGCCGUGGGGCGGGAGCCCAGCUCCGACGGGCUGGGCCUGGACCGAGUGGUGAGAUUGCAGCGCGUCCCCUCCGUCUCCUGCCCCGGGUCUCCGGGUGUCCCACGGGUAUUUGGGGUUCCCCUGGGUCUCCAGAGCCUGUCACAGGUGCCCCGUGAGCCCUCCCAUCCCUGCUGGAGCAUAUGUGGCUGCUGUUUCCCCCGGCAGGGCGUGCGGGUGGACCCCAAGGGCCACGUGCUUGUGGAUGAGUACCAGAACACCACCAGGAAAGGGAUCUAUGCCGUGGGGGAUGUCUGUGGGAGAGCCCUCCUCACGCCAGUGGCCAUCGCGGCUGGCAGGAAGCUGGCCCACAGGCUCUUCGAGGGCAAGCAGGACUCCCGGCUGGACUACGAGAACAUCCCCACGGUCGUCUUCAGCCACCCGCCCAUCGGCACCGUGGGGCUCACUGAAGAGGAGGCCGUGGCCACGCAUGGGAAGGACAACGUGAAGAUCUACAACACAUCCUUCACCCCCUUGUACCACGCUGUCACCCAGAGGAAGGUGAAGUGUGUCAUGAAGCUGGUGUGCGCUGGCAAGGAGGAGAAGGUGGUGGGGUUGCACAUGCAAGGGCUGGGCUGCGACGAAAUGCUGCAGGGCUUUGCCGUGGCCAUCAAGAUGGGCGCCACCAAGGCCGACCUGGACAACACCGUCGCCAUUCACCCCACUUCUGCCGAGGAGCUGGUGACACUGCGCUGAGCCUGCUGUUUGCCGUGUUUUCCAAAGUGCCUUUGCCUGCAGGGUGUGGCUGUAAGGUGGCUGUGGCUUGCUGUGGAAUGGGAAGUAAACGCUUUGAUGCUGGCCGGUCUCUGCCUGUUGCUCUCUGGUGCCCGUCUGCCAGCCGUGCAGGGUGUUGGCACGGUCUGUGGAUGUGGUUUGGGAGAAGGCUGGCAGCGGCCAGGCUCCUCCUCUGCAGUCCCUGGCACUGGGGCUGGGCAGGGAGCAGCGGAGAGGGGCAGGACAGGGAGUCCUUGGUGUGUUCUGGGGUAUCCUGGAUGGGCUCCAUCCUCCUCUUUAUCUCAUGUCCCAGCACCACUGGCUCUCCAGCUUGUCCUGACAUCACAGGGGGAGCCCAGGCUGUGGGUUCAGGGAACAAAUUCCCUGUUUCCAGCCCCAUUUCCAGCAGCUGGAAGCUCAGACUCAGCUGGGAAAGGAAGAGGCCUGAGUUGUGUGGGGUUUUGGGGAUCAGAUCGGGGCAUCCCACGGUGAGCCUGGGCCAGGCACCUUCAUGUCCUGGAAACAGGGACCGAGGCCUGUGUUUGGAGGGCACCACGCUCGUUUGGCUAGUUUUAGGGUCCUGUAAUAAAUAAAUAAAUCAGGCUCUCUUUUUGGCUCACAAAUGAGGCACAUCCCGCAUUGUUGGCACUUGGAGUGGGCACUGGGCAGCCUCAGGGCUGUGAAACAGACUCCAGCCCUGUCUGGGGAGUGUGAAUGGAGGCUCAUCCAGGCACCUGAGGGCUUUGGUCAGCCCAAAUCCUGAGUUUUGGGGCUCGGGGUGGACCCCAGGCUGUGAGACACGGCGGGACCUGGGCAUGGAGCGAGGCAGUCCCAGGUCCGGAGCGGAACCGGGACAUUUGUGCCUCUGGAGUCGCUCCCCUCCUUUCCCCUCCAUGCCCCUCUAUCACCCAGAUGCUCUUUGCAAGGGAAAAAUAGAAAUUACGCCACGGACAAAAGCGUUGACAGCAGAACUGGACACAGCUGGGCAGUGUGAGCAGCCCGUGGAAGUCAAACCGGUGACCAUCCAGGGGGAUUUUAAAUCGGAUACUGCAGGUUUCAUCUCGCAGGGACUCCAGUUUUUUUGGCACCUCUUGCUUAUAUUCUUCCCUGUUGGAGGAGGUCACUUAGUCUUUUUAAUGGCCAGAUUAGCCAGCACAGGGUAAAACAGCCAGCAUUUCCUGAACACCUCCAUCACUUCCAUAUCCAUCUGCACCCAGGGGCCGAUGGAGAGCAGCUCAUCCUGAACAGGCUCCGAGGUGGGACUGGAUGACCCUUGAGGUCCAAACCAAACCGUUCUGGGGUUCCAUGGACGCUUCCAUGAGCUCUCCCAGCGUUUAUUUCGCAUCGUGUCCUUCCUUCUGCUCCCAGCAGAUGGUGCCGCCGGCCUUUAGAAGGGAUGGAAGUGUCCUGGGACACGGAGCCGCUUUUAAAACGAAAAGGAAAAUAUUCUGCAAGAAAUCCGUGAUGAAGAUUCCAUGCUGACGUUCCACGGGAGAAGCAGAAAGCGAUUCCCUGCAAAAUUCCCUGCGUUGUGGUUACUUUGUUGCUUCCACGAGUAACACCUCUCCAUCGGAAGCUCUUUGGAUUCCUAAGUGAACUCGCCACCUUUUGGGCUUCCAGGCAGAGGGAAUGUGAACGUGGGGAAGUGAUGGGGAGCAGGGAACUGCAGCAGUGUGUGUGUGUGUGUGCAGGGCGAGCUGGGGUAGGAAUUCCAGACAAAAUCCUCUUAGCUGGAUGCAGGCCCUUCAGGAUGCUCUCUUGGUCAGAAGUUUCUCUAUCUCUGGCUUUUUUCUGCAUCCAGCUCCGGGCCCCCAGUCCUGGAUUCUGGAAUUCCAUUCUGCUGCGUCACAGAGGGCAAAAGUGCCCUCGCUGCAAUGCCUGUGUGUGGCUGGAGCUUCUCAGCCUGCACUUACAGCACGUGAUGAUUCCCUAUGGUUCCACGCUGAGUUAUGCUGGAAAAGAAUUUGUUGGUUUAGAUUCAUAUUGGGAUAAUUGUUUGUUCUCUGGAAUUGACAUGAUUUGUUAAAGGAUUGAUUUUUAAAACUAUGCCAGGAAUUAAAAGGGGAGUGUAAAAAAUAGAGAAUUUAUUCUUAUUAAAGAAUGGUUUCCUACA